CGGUAAUCGACCAACUCGAUUGACUCCAUUUUCCUAGUCUAACGCCGCACGAGGAUAGCAAAGUGAUAAAAUCCACCCCAUACAAAUCGGCUUGUUACUGUGGGCGAUUGAAGGAACGAAUUUUAGUUGAAAAAGACAUCUCCAAGUUUCGCGAACUUUUGCAAUCGUACCAGUGAAUUUGGAUUUUGUAACUUUGACUAGAUUUUUCAGAAUUAAUAGUAUCAGCCGCUUGUGUAUUUUAAUAACUUUAUCUCUGCGAUUUCCUGUUUAGUUUGUAUUAGCGACUGAUUAAGUACAGAUAAUUCCGUAAGAAAUGGCGGCUCAUUUUUUGAACAGGAUAGGCCAGUUUGGCUUGGGUGUUGCUCUUGUUGGUGGUGUUGUCAAUUCUGCACUCUACAAUGUUGAUGGAGGUCACAGAGCUGUUAUAUUCGACAGAUUUGUUGGUGUCAAGAAUAAUGUAACUGGAGAAGGAACACAUUUUUUCAUUCCUUGGAUUCAGAAGCCUAUCAUCUUUGAUAUAAGAUCACGACCCAGAAAUGUGCCUGUAAUCACUGGAAGUAAAGACUUGCAAAAUGUAAACAUUACAUUGCGUAUUCUCUUUAGACCUGUGCCUGAAUCGCUACCAAAGAUUUACACAAUCCUUGGAGUUGACUACGAUGAGAGAGUAUUGCCUUCGAUUACUACUGAAGUUCUGAAAGCAGUUGUAGCGCAGUUUGAUGCAGGUGAACUCAUUACUCAGCGAGAGCUUGUAUCUCAAAAAGUCAGUGAGGAUUUGACGGAAAGAGCUUCUCAGUUUGGUGUCAUUUUGGACGAUAUUUCUAUUACCCAUCUGACUUUUGGCAAAGAAUUCACUCAAGCUGUUGAAUUGAAACAAGUUGCACAACAAGAAGCAGAGAAAGCUCGUUUCUUGGUAGAGAAAGCUGAGCAACAAAAGAAGGCCGCCAUCAUUACUGCAGAAGGUGACGCGCAAGCUGCAAGUAUGUUGGCUAAAUCUCUUGGUGAGGCUGGUGAUGGUCUGGUCGAGCUUAGAAGAAUUGAAGCAGCUGAGGACAUUGCAUAUCAACUAGGAAGAUCUCGCCAGGUUAUCUAUUUGCCACCUGGUCAAGGCACUUUGUUGAGUUUGCCCCAGUAAAAAUGAUGAUUAAGAAAAGUGUACACACACACCCAGUGCAUUUUGCGAUGUUAAUAAGAGGUUAUUGUCUUGGUCUAUGACCAUCCGCAGAACGAAGAACAAGAAACUAAAGAAGUUCCUCCCUCGGAACAAUUACUAGUUUAGCAUGCAAGCUUCUAAGCAUUUGUUGACUCGAACAGUAUACAUGAUGAUUGUAAAAAUGUGUUAUACUUUUGCUACACUAAAAUGACGAUUGAAUAAUAAUAUGUUCGUCGACAUUAUGUUUUCUUUUUAAUAGCAGCUUUUAAUUACUCUUACAUGUCCAUAAAUUGGAAAAUAAUGGGAUGCACUUUUGUAUACUUUUAUUAUUCUCGAUCUGAUUUCUGUUUUCUUCUUUUUACAUAAUAUCAGCAGCUUGAAUCGAUCAACGAAAAAAAACUAAUAAUUUCGACAAGAAGUAUGUUCAACGAAUUCAUGCUAAUUUUGUGUUCUUUACAUUCCUAGAUUUAGCAAGCACUAUGAAAAGUGUCCAAUACUUAUCGCUCAACGCAACAGCGAGUGCGAAAAAUAUGCAGCUUUAAUUAGAAAAGUAGCAAAAGUAUUCAGAUGAUCCGCAUAUAUGAAAGUUAAUUUAGAUAUUUUUAUUCGAGGCGAGGAAUUACCCUGGUAGUGAAUGUAGACUGUAAUAAGGGCAAAUGGCGUUAUUACAUGUGUGAACACAUAUUUUUUUUUGUAAAACAGAAGGUCGUACUAUUGUAAAAAGAACUUUUAUGAUCAAUUUAAAUUUUGUUUUUCCAGAA